AUGCGCAUAUCCAAUCCUAACAUCGUAGCCCCUUGGGGUGGUCAGGGGCGGCCUAUCCUCUCAACCAGUCCGGCCUGGUCUUCAAGGCAGCGGUCUAGGUCGUUGGAUUGGAUUUGCUACAGUGUGUCUCAUAAGCGUUGCUGUCAGCACUGUUGCGCAGUCUCAGCGUCCACCUCAGGCAUCCCGCUUCCGGUUGGUGUUGCAGCUACACAUGCCCUCUCGCGCGCCAGAGCUCUCAAUCUGCCCUCAAAACGACAUUUGUCCACUGCCACGACCUCUGCGCAGAUAGCAGCACGAGCAAGGCUCGAGAAUAACACCAAAGUCACCUUCCUCUCUCGCCUCUUCGUCCCCACUCUCAAAGCGGACAACGUUGGAUCAAAUGGCACGAAGGGCGGUAGCAAAUCCAAAGAGAAGGACAUCAGAGCCCCGAAAUCCAUUGAGGCUAGCCCACAAGAUGCUGCACUAGGUGGCUCAUCGGACCUCGACGCAGCUAUGACACUGCUACUAAGAGGCGGCUACGUUCGGCAAUCCUCCUCUGGGAUCUACAGCCUCCUCACACCGGGUCAACGCGUGCAGAACAAGAUCAGCAGGGUCGUCGUAGAGGAGAUGGAGCGCGGACUUGCGGCGCCUGAAACAACUGGCGAAGGGGUCGGAGCUUCGCGCAUUCAGCUGCCGACACUUUUGCCCUCUACAAACUGGGAGAAAUCGCGUAGGUGGGAAAGUAUGGGUUCGGACAUGUACAAAUUGAGGGAUAGGCAUGGGAGACAGUGGCUUCUUGCGCCAACUGCUGAGGAGGAGGUCACUGCUUUAGUCGGGGACAGCGUGAAGAGCGAACGUGACUUGCCGGUCCGGGUCUACCAAAUUUCUCGAAAACACAGAGAUGAGCCUCGUCCACGCCUUGGUCUGAUCAGAACGCGCGAAUUCCUGAUGAAGGAUAUGUACACCUUCGACAAGGACUUAUCGACGGCGGCACACACGUAUCAAACGGUGAGACGUGCGUACACAAGGACUUUUGACAGACUUCUCGGCAAGGGGAGCUGGAAGAGCGUAGCCGCCGACACUGGCAGCAUGGGAGGAAGAGAGUCACACGAGUAUCACGUCGAAGACCGAGCUGGCGAGGAUACUCUACUCACCUGCAACGAUGCGUCCUGUGCUUACAGCGCCAAUUCCGAGCUAGCAGACGCCCUUCCAGCGUACGCUCGAGGAAAUUUACCGCCCACCAGCGCCGAUGACGUACAAGUCGUCUACUUCUCGCUGCGCGACAACGAUCAUGUGCACUCAACUUCAUCGCGAUCUCGCAGCUCACUAACCACCGAUGCAAUGACGCCAGAGUCCACAGGUCCAGGCGGGUCCGCAUACACGCUGGCUGCUGUGGUGCUGCCAAAGUCACACACGGUGAAUUCCUCUAAAUUGCACCGGCACCUUGCACCGAAUGCGAUCACACUUGAGCAGGUGGCAUCAAGCUGGAAUUGGGAGACAAAGCCUCAAGGUCCUCUGCUCGAUCACGACAAGCUUGCCGUAUGGGUGGACCGCUCGUGCGGUGCACUUGAGCCCGAAGAGUUUGUAGACGCUAUCCGGCUGAGUCUGGGUCCUUUCGCAGCACCUCCUGGAGCAGGCGCAUUCGAUAUCUCUCUCGAGCGGCUGACUCAACUCUUCCCCACGGAGAGCACGGGACCUCACGCAGCAGCCCCGGCAUUCGCAUCAACACUUUCGAUUACUCAUGCCGAUUUGCUCCAAGCGGAGGAGGGAGAUACCUGCUCUUCUUGCCGUAGAGGAAGUCUCAGAGCCUCUCGCGCAGUAGAGAUUGGCCAUGCUUUCCUACUUGGCACCAAGUAUUCGGACGCUCUAGAGGUCGGAUUCGUGCCAUCUGGCGACGCUGGCUCUGGCACCUUGCAACCUUUUCAGAUGGGCUGCUACGGUAUCGGCAUUACUCGUCUGCUAGGCAUCCUUGCUGCAAGAGCUCUUACCCACGGGCGACGAGGCGGAAGAGAGAUUUUCGCGUGGCCAGGACAUCUUGCCCCUUACUCGGUCGGUAUCAUCUUGGUUGACCCUUCAUCCCAGUCGGCGUGGAACGGCGUCUCAGCUUUGGUCGACCUUCUUUCGAGAGAGCGUGGCAGAGAUGAGCAUGAAAGCGGUCUUGAAAAAGCAGACGAGACAUCGCAUCCUCCUUUGCUUUCCGGCGUAGGCGAGCUCAUUGGCGGAGACGUUGCAAUCGAUGAUCGACCGGCAACGAGGGCGCGAAUGGGCGCCAGGCUUGCAGAAGCUGAUCUGAUGGGCUACCCUUGGACAUUCAUCUUUGGCAAGCGCUUUGCCAAGGCGGGUGAAAUUGAGGUGAGGCAUCGAGGCGAUGUGCAUGGGACCGGCGCAACAGCGGAGGGCUGGCAAGGCUUCGUCAAGCUGCAGGAUCUCCUUGCGAAGGGCCACUUGGCUCGUUGA